AUGUAACUGUAACCUGGUAUAUGAUCAUGAGCCACCGGCAGCGCUCAGCACAGGAGCCCGAAGCCCCGACAGGACAGCCGGCUACCGGAUGAUGAAGGAGCGGCGGUGACAGCGGCACUGACAGGCGGACACACACCGGGGAAUGAGCGCUGUGUGGGGGGGAACGACAGGUCGGACGCCCCUCUGCCUCCACUGUGGAACAUAAACCCCGACAUAUCAUCAGGCUGCCCUGUGAAAUACACCUUGAACCGCAGCGAUGUGGCUGGUAUCAGCGACGAGGACCACGGGUUGAGGAGCUGCAGACUGUGCAGGACAAAGGAUGGAAACAUCGCUGGAGAUGAACUGUCGGUGUGAAUAAUGAUGAGUCCCAUCCUCGCUAUUUGAACAUGCUGCUCGGGUAGCAAAGCCGACCAAGAGGAGAGUCUACCCUCUUACACUGGACACACACAUACUCACAGAGUCGGCUCAAUUGAUGCACAACCAACCAUGCUGAUCAAGGAGUAUCGUAUCCCCAUGCCGAUGAGCGUGGAGGAGUACCGCAUUGCUCAGCUCUACAUGAUCCAGAAAAAGAGCAGAGAGGAGAGUUGUGGCGAGGGCAGCGGGGUGGAGAUCUUGGAGAACAAGCCCUACGAGGACGGCCCUGGAGGUUCGGGUCAGUACACCCACAAGGUCUAUCACAUAGGCAAACACAUCCCGUCCUGGUUCUGUGCCAUCCUGCCUCAAGCUGCCCUGCGAGUGGAGGAGGAGUCCUGGAACGCUUACCCCUAUACGAGAACCCGGUAUACGUGUCCCUUUGUAGAGAAAUUCUCUAUAGACAUUGAGACAUAUUAUAAACCAGACACUGGAAAUCAAGUGGAUGUCUUCAAUUUGUCUUCUGCUGAGAAAAGACAGAGAACUGUAGACCCCAUAGACAUCGUAAAGGACUACAUCCCUCCUCAUGAAUACCUGGUGGAAGAAGACCCCAAGCUGUACCAGUCAGUCAAGACUAAACGGGGCCCGCUGUCGGAGGACUGGAUCGAAGAGAUCAGCCAGUUUCCCAGUCAGAGCGCCGUCAUGUGUGCAUACAAACUCUGCAAAGUGGAGUUCAGAUACUGGGGCAUGCAAUCCAAGAUUGAACGCUUCAUACAUGAUGUGGGCUUGCGCAAAGUGAUGGUUCGAGCUCACCGACAGGCGUGGUGCUGGCAGGACGAGUGGUAUGGCCUCACCAUCGAGGACAUCAGGCAGCUGGAGUUGGAAACUCAGCUGGCUUUAGCCAAGAAGAUGGCCCAGUACAGCCUCAACGAGGAGGGGGGAAUGGAGACCAAUGGCUCCUCAGUCAGCCAGGACCAGGAGCAGGGAGCAGAGGCAGAAGAGUCAGCUGCAGAGGGAGCUGGAGGGAAACUUGGAGAUUCACUGGAGACACGAGGGGAGCUCACCAAGCAGUGGUCGACAUCCUCCAGAUCCUCCAACAGGUCAUCAAAGAGAGGAGGUAGUCCAUCCCACCAGAGUAUUUCAGAAUGGAGGAUGCAGAGCAUCGCCCGGGACUCUGAGGACAGCACAGAUGAUGAGUUCUUUGAUGCUCAUGAGGACUUCUCUGAUAAUGAUGAAAUGUUUUCCAAGGAGAUCACCAAGUGGAGCUCUAACGACCUGAUGGACAAGAUAGAAACAAUAGAGGUGGAUGAAGCACAAGAAACUUUGUAUCAAGAGUUGGGCGGAGAGUGUUCCGUCAUGAGCAAUGAGGAGACGCAGAUGGAGGACUGUUCGUCUCAACAGUGUCUCCAGCCAUCCAAAAUCCACGUCCUCAUUCUGGUCCUGCAUGGAGGAAACAUCCUGGACACUGGCUCUGGUGAACAGAACAACAAGCAGGGAGAUGUAAACACGCUGAGUGGGUCUUUUGAGACUGUGAUGAGGGUCCAUUAUCCUACAGCACUUGGCCGCAUCGCCAUCCGGAUGGUGCCCUGUCCUGCUGUGUGUGUCGACGCAUUCUCACUAGUGUCCAAUCUUAGUCCCUACAGCUACGAUGAAAGCUGUCUGUCCAGCAGUCAGGACCACAUCCCACUGGCAGCUCUGCCUCUUUUGGCCACCUCUGCUCCACAGUACCAAGACGCCGUAGCGACCGUCAUCUUACGAGCCAAUCAGGUGUACAGUGACUUCAUCAGGUCUUUAGAAGGUGCCUCUUUUAGUGGCCAGGUCAGUGUGGACCCUGAAGGAGGGGUGAAGGAGGUGUGCGUUAUUGGGGACUGUGUUGGUGGUAUCCUUGGAUUUGAUGCUCUGUGCAGCAGCGCAGUGACAGUGUCAGAAAGCCAAAACAGUAGCAGACGGGGCAGCACCAUCAGCGUCCAGGACACAGACCUCCUUUCUCCGGGUAUCAUCAUAAACAGCGUUUCUCCUUCCUCGCCGUCGCUCGAAGGAAGUCGCCAUCUCAGCCGUAGCAACAUCGACAUCCCACGCUGCUCGGGGCCCGACGACCCUAAGAAACUGCUUCCACGCAAACGCAGCGACUCCUCCACGUACGAGCUGGACACCAUCAAACACCACCAGGCCUUUUUGUCCAGUCUUCACUCCAGCGUUCUCCAUGGGGAGCCCGGGUCUCGGCGCUCCAGCAACAGCACCAUGUUGGAGGGGGGCUCUUUAGGAAAGUUCGACUUUGAGGUGACUGACUUCUUCUUGUUUGGCUCUCCACUGGGGCUGGUGCUUGCACUGAGGAAGACUGUGGUGCCCUCCUUAGAUGUGUCGGCUCUGCAUCCAGCCUGUCAGCAGGUUUACAACCUAUUUCAUCCAGCUGACCCCUCAGCUUCCCGCCUCGAGCCUCUCCUGGACAAAAGGUUCCACCUGCUGCCUCCCUUUAGCAUCCCCCGCUAUCAGCGUUUUCCUCUGGGGGAUGGACACUCGGCUCUCUUGGUGGAGACGGUGCAGAGUAAUCCUCAGCUUAUGAUGGAAUCUAGUGGUGUAGCGCUCCACCGCUGCCCAGAAAGUAUCAGUGAGACGUCCAUCCCUGUGCCCGUCCUCAACUGGCAGACCUCGCAACUCCACACGGAGACGGAUGUUCUUCACUCACAUAUAUUUGUUGAUGGCCAGUACCCAUCGUCCACCUCCCCAGGGGUCCCACACCUCCGUUGCAACCGCAGGGCAAGUGAGGCCAGCAUAGCCAGCCAGGUGUCGGGUUUAGCCGACUCUUACACCGCCUCCAACAUAGCCACAACAAACAAAUGUGAAGUGAGCCACACUAAAAGGCCCAGUCUGCUUUCCCAGCUGGCUCUACCCUACAAUAAGUUUGCCUCUCGGAGCCCAUCUUUUCGAGCCCGCCAGACAAUCCGUCGGGUGUUUCCGAGACCCAGCGGUGUGGAGUCUGAGCAGAGCUCUGAAGUUAGCUCUGACAUGACCUCUGAAAUGACCUCUGACCUCACCGAUGUCACAUCUGACAUCACAAGCAUCAGCUCAGCGCCCCCGUCGCCCGGGGUGCUGAAGAAUAUAGAGCAAGUUGCCUCUCGUUGGUGGGGCAGUAAGAGGAUGGACUACGCUCUAUAUUGCCCUGAUGCCCUGACAGCAUUUCCAACAGUGGCUCUGCCUCAUCUCUUCCACGCCUCUUACUGGGAGUCCACAGACGUCGUCUCAUUCCUGCUCAGACAGGUAAUGAGACACGAGAACUCCAGUAUUUUGGAGCUGGACGGUAAAGAAGUGUCUGAAUUUACUCCGUCCAAACCUCGAGAGAAGUGGCUUCGCAAGAGGACCCAUGUUAAAAUUCGGAAUGUGACAGCUAAUCACCGCGUGAAUGAUGCCGUGUUCACGGAGGACGGAGCACAGACAGUGAUGGGACGCUUCAUGUAUGGCCCGCUGGACAUGGUGACCCUCACUGGAGAGAAGAUCGACAUCCACAUCAUGACCCAGCCUCCCUCUGGAGAGUGGGUGUACUUUAACACUGAGCUCACUAACAACAGUGGACGUAUCUCUUAUGUAAUCCCUGAGAGCAGAAGGCUGGGUAUCGGGGUGUAUCCUGUCAAAAUGGUGGUCAGGGGUGACCAUACAUUUGCAGACAGCUAUCUCACCAUUGUACCCAGAGGAACCGAAUUUGUUGUAUUCAGUAUUGACGGGUCGUUUGCUGCCAGUGUGUCUAUAAUGGGGAGCGAUCCAAAGGUUCGAGCUGGAGCUGUGGAUGUGGUGAGGUACUGGCAGGACUUGGGUUACCUCAUAGUCUAUGUAACGGGUCGUCCUGACAUGCAGAAGCAGCGUGUCGUGGCGUGGCUCUCUCAGCAUAACUUUCCUCAUGGUGUUGUCUCCUUCUGUGACGGAUUGGUUCAUGACCCGCUUCGACACAAGGCCAACUUUCUCAAAUCCCUCAUCAGUGAGGCUCACAUGAGGAUCUUUGCAGCUUAUGGCUCUACCAAGGACAUCUCGGUGUACACAUCCAUCGGCCUGCCUCCCUCUCAUAUCUACAUAGUGGGAAGGCCCACAAAGAAGAUGCAGCACCAGUGUCAGUUCAUCCCGGAUGGCUACGCCUCCCACCUCUCCCAACUAGAGUACAACCAGAGGUCUCGCCCGGCCAAGUCUGCCAGCACCCGCAUGGUCCUCCGUAAGGGCAGCUUUGGCUUGGGUGCAGCCGGAGGAGACUUCCUCCGCAAACGCAACCACAUCUUUCGCACCAUCUCUGCAUCUCAGCAGCCCGGAGGGUCUGGAUCCGGCUCCCCCAACCUGCCGGGCCGGACUGAGCGCACGUUGAGCCAGUGUGAAGUGGAGCGGGAACGAGGCAUCACGGCAGCAACCCAGCGGAGUAUGAGCAUCGCUGCAGGCUGCUGGGGCCGCAGCGGGAGCACCAGGGAGGGCAGCGGAGGGUUACUUGGCCCCAAGUAAGGUCUGAAAAUGGAGCUAUGGUGUUAAAGGACCCAGCCUGAGCUACCAUGAUAUCUGGAUAGAAGACAAAAGGGUGGAGAAAAGGAUGUGGAUGGAGGAUUUGUAGGUUAUAAAAUUAAAGGGAUGUAGCAUGAAUAACACACUAAACUGAUUGUUAGAGUUUAGAAAAGAGGGGUCUGUCCAGGAGGAGUGGACUAAUCAGGCCAAGUGGCAUACAGAGAACAAACUAGUUGUGUAGCAUGACUCUUUUACUGUAAUACUUUUAUAGGAUACAUCGCUAAUUACUUAAAAAAUGACAAGGAAGGAUUAAAUGAAAUAUUGUAAGCCUUAAACUAAUCUCGUGUAAUGGGACCCCCUCCCUUCCCUUUUCCAAACAACACACUGUCCAAGCAUUCACAUUCAUGAGCUCAGGGCAAACCGCAGAGCCAGAUCCUUCACCAAAACAUGGCGCUGAGGCCACAUUCAUUUGCCAGUCAUGGCAAAAAGCCAAUAAUUUCACUUCUGUUUCUGUCCCACUGUUUCCUACACUCUACCCAGCAAGGACUGACAAUAAGUAUAAAAACCCUCAUGAUGCAAAAAGAGAAGCAGACAAAAGCCGUGUUUCCAUUUAACUGUCAAAUGUUACAUAAAAUUUUUAAAAAAGAUAAUUAGAUUUGCUUCCAACUAACUACUUUAGAGUGAAUAAACUAGGCUCCAUAGUAUCGUCACAAGCCAGUAACAAAACUAAUUGUUUGCCAGCCACUAAAAAACCUUGAAUAAGAAAAAGAAACAUGUGAAACUUUGUCAUCUAUGAGCGCAAUGGAGAAACGUCUUUACCAGCUGUUUUCACUUGGGCAUGUAGCAAUUAUUCUUUUAUGUCAGCUGGCAUUGAACACGUUUCUAAACUGUUUGGAGAUGAAGACAACAAAAAAAGACACAGAUUAGUCAAGUGAGUAAAAUGUUCGCUACAUCAGAACUUGCUCAGAAGAAAUUUUUCCAUUUGACUUUAUGAAAACCAUCUCUAGCAAGCAUUAAAGUGUGGUUUGCAAAAUAAUUUUUUUGUUCUAUUGUUAUUUUGCCAUUAGAUUUUUCUAAUGCGAUCGAAGAAAAUGUGCAUAAAAAUAUGUUAUGGAAACACGGCUUAAGUAAAACGUGAAUGAAAUCUUGCUGUAAAGGGUCAGUUCAUCCACAUUUUAGAAAAAAAUAAUAAUAAUUAGACGCAUCUACCAGAGAUAUUUAAAGGUGGAGAUCAACGGACAUUUCAGUGGAAUUGCUUUACAAAUGAAAAUGGUUCAGAGCAAAUUAUUUUCCAUUGUAGGAAGUUGUGCAUCAUUUCAGGGUUUUUUGGGAUCUGACCACAAGAACUGUUCCUGUAGAACCUCUUUCAGGCCAUUUUUCUAUCCACUCGAUGUUCACAUCAAGUAGCAGUCUCCUCUAAAACAAUGCCACAACGCAAAAUCCACUGGCUAACAAAACAAACCUCCAUUGUUCUAUUUCCUACGUGCUCAUAGAACAGGAAUUACAUCCAUGAAGUAAUAUUUCUCAUUGUUUUGGUGCACUUAAAGGUAACAUUGCAGCCAAAGUUGUUUCACCUGCAAUGGAAACCUAAAGUCUUAAAGUUCUAAUACAGGAUGGAUUAUUUUUUUGGGGGGGGGUUUAUUUGGCCAAAAGCCCCGAUUUUCCUUUCAUAAGAUUAACGUGUUUGAUUCUGAGCCACAUGGUUCAAAAGGAUUGCUGUGUGAUUUGAUACAGUUCAGAUCUUCAUGGUCCCCAGAGGAUAAAUCCUCACUCUUUUUCAGUUAGUGCCUUUAGCAGUCAGAGUUUCUACUUAUCCAGGGAAACUGUUGAAUUGAAUUCGAAGGAAAAUGUUUGAAAGAUAAAUGUGAUGCCCAGGGUGGUGUUGUUUCAAAUGUUUAUUUCAAUUUCAUUUUUCUCUAUCCACUCUUAAGGAUAAUCGAACUUACUUUUACGCUGGUUUUUCAAAGCAGCAUUCAAUUAAAUGACCCUGAUCCAGAUACAAACAAUUCAGUAUCACCAGAUCCAGGUUACCAGUACUCUAAAUUUGACUACAUAUUACAGUGUAGACUACUAGCUUUUAAGUUUAAAUUGAAUGUUUUUUUUUUUACACUUUCUGAAAUCCAGCCUGAAUCCACGAUUCAACACUCAGUCUUUCAACAAUACAUUCUGCAGUUUUGAUGCACAUGAACACCUUUUUUGUUUGUUUUGAACAACCUGUUAUCAAGAUUUUAACUAUCAAUAGCCGAAAUCCAAUCAAAUUACUUCUGAACAACUAUGUUUAGAGCAUGAGUCUAUUGACUUUGGUGAUCCGGUGACUUUUCCUCUCGCACCAUCAUCCGGUUGACAACAACUACCGGUUGGAUUACUACAAAAUAUGAUACAGAUCAAAAUUUUAAUACUUUGGCUUAUGACCAAAACACACAAAAUUAAACUUAGCAUGCUAAGACACUAAGCUAGAGAUGUUACACAUGGUAAGCACCGUACUCAUUAGCAUGCUGACUGUAGCAUUUAGCUUAGUCUUGUCUGAAUGUAAGCUUUUAAUGCUAUGAGCACAAACAUGUUCUCACUGACUUUCACAGUUUUGAGAUGGAGAAACUGUUAAACAUAAAACCAAAACUUUCUGACUUUAUAGAUACCAAAAGCAAUGAGUGAGUAAAUCUGUACUUGGGAUGAACUGAUCCUUUUAACAGGUGUGAGGUAGAUUUGUGAAACAGUCUUGUUAAUCACUGAUGUUUUUAAAUGCAUACAGCUUGCAUUUUGCCGCUCCAGUUUUCAUUCCUCUCUGUGUGAGUCUCUGUAGUCGUUUCCCUUUCAGUGUGGCCUCUGGGCCGUGCAAGGCCUUAAUAUCCCACGAGACAUUUAUUCCACAGAGGGAAAAGCAGGCUGGAAAACAAGGCAUGCAGCAUUAAAGCAACAAAUGAAAUUCUGUACAGUCCACAGCAACAAUCCCUUUAUAUAUUCAUCUGCUUGCAAUACCUCUGGUCCACCUGCUGGUGGCGUUCUGUUUCCCACACCUGCUGCUGCUGCUGGGCGACACUUGUGUGGUGCUCCCCAGCUUUUUGCUCUUGUUGAUUGUACAGGACGGAGCUGGUGUUUCUGCUGAGGAGCCUGUUUCAUUUCAGACUGAACUGAGAUGCAGGAUUUCCUGUUUGUGUUCGUACCAAAUGGACUGAAGAAAGAGCUUGAAUGUUGGACUGAUCCUUUCAGUGGUGAUUGUGGUCAUCUCUUCGACUUCCCAGAGCAAACAUCAUUUUGCUGCUUCGUUGACUGAACUGUAUAUUUUCAUAACCAGGGGACGUAGAAGAAGAAGCAGCCACCUCAUGUCUGCAAUCCAAAAACAACAUGUACAAUGUAGUCAGAUUUUCUAGUGCUUAGAUCACUAAAUAAAGGAAACAUCUGCAGCUUUUCAGGGCUUAAAACAGCAGUCAGGUGCCUGCAGGAAAAAUGAAACCAAUUUGUAACUCAUAAUCCACUGGCCACUGAGAAACCCUCUACUAAUGUGCUUCCACUUAAAUGUCUCGUUUCCACUCAGUUUUACUUGAUGUGUGUAAUUCUGUGUAAUAUUUGGACUAUGCCCUCUUGUGUUCAAUGCAAAGACAUGCAUUUCUUUACACACUGAUUGAAUCUUCACCACAAACAUGGGAAAGAGGCUCAUUUCACCACUUUUAAAACGUGUUUUGAUAAAUAAGUGAGGAGGGGGGCUGCCAGAUAUGGAGCCAGUUUUGUGAAAUGCUUUGUUCGAAUACAUAUGAAGCACUAUGCAUUUACUCGGUACGUUCCAGAGUUAGCAUGUGUAUUCUUUUUAAUUUUACAUUCACACAGUUUGACUGUCAACAUAGUGUCAUACACAGUCUGGCAAGGCAAAUUCCAAACCGGGAAAAAACCAGAAAUGGAUAAAACAUAUAAGGUCGUGGAUGUUUUCAUACGGAUGGACUUGUGGUUGAGUGGUAUACACUAUCGUUCAAAAGUUGGGGUCACUUAGAAAUGUAUUUAUUUUUGAAAGAAAAGCAGUUUUUUCAAUGAAGAUAACACUAAAUGAAUCAGGAAUACAGUCUAGACAUUGUUAAUGUUGUAAAUGACUGUUCUAGCUGGAAAUGGCUGAUUUUUAAUGGAAUAUCUACACAUGUGGACAAAAUUGUUUGUACCCCUCGGUUAAUGAAAGAAAAACCCACAAUGGUCACAGAAAUAAUUUGAAUCUGAGAAAAGUAAUAAUGAACAAAAAUUCUAUGAAAAUUAACCAAUGAAAAUCAGACGUUGCUUUUGAACCGUGGUUCAACAGAAUUAUUUAAAAAAAAUAAACGCAUGAAACAGCCCUGGACAAAAAUGAUGGUACCCUUAACUUAAUAUUUUGUUGCACAACCUUUUGAGACAAUCGCUGCAAUCAAACGAUUUCUGUAACUGUCAAUGAGACUUCUGCACCUCUCAGCAGGUAUUCUGGUCCACUCCUCAUGAGCAGACUGCUCCAGUUGUCUCAGGUUUAAAGGGUUCCUUCUCCAGACGGCAUGUUUCAGCUCCUUCCACAGAUGUUCAAUAGUAUUUAGAUCAGGGCACAUAGAAGGCCACUUCAGAAGAGUCCAAUGUUUUCCUCUUAACCAUUCUUGGGUGUUUUUAUCUGUGUGUUUUGGAUCAUUAUCCUGUUGCAAGACCCAUGACCUGCGACUGAGACCAAGCUUUCUGACACUGGGCAGCACAUUUCUCUCUAGAAUACCUUGAUAGUCAAGAGAUUCCAUUGUACCCUGCAAAGAUUCAAGACACCCUGUGCCAGAUGCAGCAAAGCAGCCCCAGAACAUAACAGAGCCUCCUCCAUGUUUCACAGUAGGGACAGUGUUCUUUUCUUGAUAUGCUUCAUUUUUGGGUCUGUGAACAUAGAGCUGAUGUGCCUUGCCAAAAAAGUUCCAGUUUUGUCUUGUCUGUCCAUAGGACAUUCUCCCAGAAGCUUGGUGGUUUGUCAACAUGCAGUUUGGCAAAUUCCAAUCUGGCUUUUUUUAUGAUUUGUUUUCAACAAUGGUGUCCUCCUUGGUCGUCUCCCAUGAAGUCCACUUUGGCUCAAACAACAAUGGAUGGUGCGAUCUGACACUGAUUUACCUUGACCUUGGAGUUCACCUUUAAUGUCUUUAGAGGUUGUUCUGGGCUCUUUUGUUACCAUUCGUAUUAUCCAUCUCUUCAAUUUUUCAUCAAUUUUCCUCCUGUGGCCACGUCCAGGAAGGUUGGCUACAGUCCCAUGGAUCUUAAAUUUCUGAAUAAUAUGUGCAACUGUAGUCACAGGAACAUCAAGCUGCUUGGAGAUGGUCUUAUAGCCUUUACCUUUAACAUGCUUGUCUAUAAUUUUCUUUCUAAUCUCCUGAGACAACUCUCUCCUUUGCUUCCUCUGGUCCAUGUUUAGUGUGGUACACACCAUGUCACCAAACAGCACAGUGACUACUUGUAACCCUAUAAAUACGCCGACUGACUAAUUACAAGUUUGUAAGUAAGUAAGUAAAGUUUAUUUCUUAAGUGCUUCUCACAGAUAAAAAUCACAAAGUGCUUUACAAUUAAAUACUAGAAAAUAAAACAAACAAUAAAAUACAUUAAAUAUAAAAAAUAAAUACAAUAAAAUACAUAUACAAGACGAGAAGAAGAAAGAAAUUGUCAACCAAAUGCUUUCCUGAACAGCAGUGUCUUCAAGCCCUUCUUAAAAGAGUCCACAGAUUCAGCAAAACGGAGAGACAUUGGUAAAGCAUUCCACAAAGUUGGGGCCACAAACUGAAAUGAUCGCUCUCCUCGAGUUUUAUAGUUAGUCUUAGGAACCUCAAGCAGAUUCUGUCCAGCAGAACGAAGAGCACGACUAGGGGAGUAUGGAGUCAACAUAUCCAAUAUAUAAUGAGGAGCCUGACCAUGCAAGGCUCUGAAGGUGAGAACUAAAAUCUUAAAAUCAAUCCUGAAUUUCACAGGGAGCCAGUGUAACUCUGAUAACACGGGAGUGAUGUGUGAUCUCUUUGAGGUUCUUGUCAAAAGUCUAGCUGCUGAGUUUUGGACUAAUUGCAAUUUUCUAAAGACAGUCUGAUUCAGACAAGCAAAAACAGAAUUACAAUAGUCCAGCCGCGAAGAUAUAAAUGCAUGAAUGACUGUUUCUAAGUCUAUUCCUGCACAGCAUUUUCCGAAUUUUAGAAAUGUUUCUAAGAUGGUAAAAGCAAUUUCUGACAACCUGUUUGCAGUGUGUUUCAAAGGACAUGGCCUGGUCAAACACAACCCCCAGGUUUCUGAGGCUGGGUUUGACAGUGGGGCCAAGUGAGCCAAGAAGCUGCUUAAUCAGUGCAAUUUUAUCAUCAGGAGCAAAGAUAAGUGUCUCUGUCUUAUUUGAAUUUAUCUGCAAGCAGUUUGAUGUAAGCCAGUCCUUGAUAGCAGAUACGCACUCGAGAAACAAUGUCAAACGGUGAAAUUCAGACUCUUUAAAAGAACAAUACAACUGGAUGUCAUCAGCAGAAGUGAUAGGACACAUGUUUAAAUCUGUCAAUAAUAUGACCAAGAGGCAAAAGGUACAGUAAAAAUAAAACGGGGCCCAAAACUGACCCCUGUGCAACACCACAGGACAAAGCAUGAACAUCUGACAUUAUGUUGUUUAUAGAAACACAAAAUGUUCUGUCACGUAUGUAUGAGGAAAACCAUUUGAGGACAGAUCCAGAAAACCCCAUCUCAUUCUCGAGACGACUGAUCAAUAUACUGUGCUCCACAGUGUCGAAAGCAGAGGUUAAAUCAAGAAGCACAAGUACAGUAUAGCAACGAGAGUCUGCAGCCAUUUUUACAUCAUUAGCAACUUUAACAAGAGCGGGUUCAGUGGAGUGAAGUUUUCGAAAUCCAGACUGAAAAGAAUCAAACAAUUUGUGCUCUUCCAUAUAGGACGUCAAUUGGCCUGCCACUACUUUUUCCAGAAUUUUUGACACAAAUGGAAGUUUUGAAAUUGGCCUGUAGCUUUUAGGCUCUGAAGGGUCUAGGUGUGUCUUUUUCAGAGUGGGGUUUACCACAGCAUGUUUAAAGUAACUGGGAACCAAGCCAGAUUCAAAAGAAAGAUUUAUCAGUUUUACAACCCAAGGACCAACGACAUCAAAGAUUUUCAUAAAGAAUGAUGUAGGAAUAAUGUCAGCAGGGCUUGAUGAUAUUUUCAUUUUUCCCAUUAACGCUUUUACAUCCUGUAGGCAGACAGGUGUGAAUGAAGACCAAGAACACACUGGGGCAAACUCAAAAGAGGACAAAGUGGUCUGGGGUGUAUUGAUGUUGGCCCGGAUAUCCUCCACUUUGCUCACAAAAAACAUCAUAAAGUUAUUGCAGUCCUCCUUGGAGUAAACAGGCACACGAGGUGCAGAGGGCGCAACAAGAUUGUCAAUAGUGUCAAAAAGAACAUUAGGGUUUUUCUUGUUAGAAGAAAUCAGGUUAGAGAAAUAAGUAGAACGAGACUGAUUUUGUAGACACCUGUGAUGCUAAUUAGAGGACACACCUUGAUUGAACAUGUCCCUAUUGUCACAUUAUUUUCAGUCUUUUCUAGGGGUACCAUCAUUUUUGUCCAGGCCUGUUUCAUGAGUUUAUUUUUAAAAAUAAUUCUGUUAAACCACGGUUCAGAAGCAAUGUCUGAUUUUCCUUGGUUAAUUUUCAUAGAAUUUUUAUUUACUAUUACUUUUGUCAGAUUCUAAUUAUUUCUGUGACCGUUGUGGGUUUUUCUUUCAUUAACCGAGGGGUACUAACAAUUUUGUCCACGUGUGUACAUAGGGGUACAGAGGAACAUUUCCAGCAACCAUCACUCCUGUGUUCUAAUGCUACAUUGUGUUAGUUAAUGGUGUCGAAAGGCUAAUUGAUGAUUAGAAAACCCUUGUGCAAUUAUGUUAGCACAUGAAUAAAAGUGUGACUUUUCAUGGAAAACAUGAAAUUGCCUGGGUGACCCCAAACUUUUGAACGGUAGUGUAUGUACACAGAGCUGUGUGGAAACGAGGUGCAGGUGAUGGGCAAAAUGAAAAAAAAAAUCACAUAUUUUGUUAUUUAUAGUUUCUUUACUCAAUCAUAAUUGACUGUUUUAUCACAUGGUAAUCACAGGGAAGUGCACCAAUAUCUGUCAAAUAUGUUCACACAGACUGAUCAUGCUAACUGCUGUACGUAGGAAACCCUCCAAGACGACACUGGGAGCAUGAUUAGGAAGAAGGAUCCCAGCAACCUAAAGUGGUUUCAGUGUUGAAAUUAGCACCUGACUGCAUUAUAACCUUGACAAACUGUCAACUUCUCCUUUAGUUCUGUGUAAGCUUUUGGAGUACAGAUGUGUGGAGCAGCUCUGCCGCUUGUUUGCUUCAUUUUACUCUGCUGUCGUUUACGUCUUGCUUCCACUAUGUUUCAACAUGUGUGAUCAGUGACGUGUUCAGCCCGUAACAGAAGCCAAAAUCUUUCUCUAGCACUGUAGUGAAUCAACUGUGUAACCUCAUUGUUAAUUUUUGCACUAGUUUAAGGUGGACAUAUCCUGUAGUUACCAUCUCAUGUUGUUACGUUUGAACACCUCUGUAGUGCAUGACGCGUUUUAUCGUUUAUGUCCGGAUAUACUGUAUGUGCUAGGAUGCACACGUCUGUACAUUUUGUCAGGAGUUAAAAAUAAUGUAAGUAUUUGUGCCAAACAGUACGUGGAGAAGUCUAGAAAAGUAUUUAGACCCGGGGUUUUCAAAGUCUGGACCCCCUUUUGCACCCUCCAAGCUUUUCUUCUAUUAUUAUUAUUAUCUGUCUGAUUGGUGGAUUCAUGUCUUGGAACUGCAGUUCCCAUAAUGCUUUGAAAGUCCGUGUUGUUUAUAUAGCACAUUUAAAUCACAUUCUUUCCAGAUAAGAAAAAAAGAUUUGACUUUGCCAAACAAGUUUAAAUGUUAAGGUAUCGAUUAAAUGCGUAAUUUAAUUAAAAGACACGAUCCUUAAAGACUCUUCUAAACAUCUGAAUAAAUAUUGUGUCAGUUGAAUGAAAAAUACUCAUUUUAAAACCCUUUCUCUAGCACCUUAGUCAGCAGACUAUCUUUGUUUUGAUUCAGCAACAGAGGUCAAAUAUUUUUAGUAAAAUGAUUCAAGGACUCUUAACAGUUUAUUUAUUUUGUUAUUUAACAAAGUAUUUAUAGAAAGUUUACUCUGAAAGCAGUGACUAGCUCGGUUACUCAAAUGCUAAAACAUGGAGAGUACAAAAUAACUGUGCAGGAACUUAAAAAAAAAAAGUACAUUUGUUUACAUUUUGGCAUCAUUAAAAGUAUUCCACCUUAGUUAUUAUCAGCUCCUGUUUGCAGCGUACCGGUGAAUGUAAAGACAACUAUCACUGGAUUAAUGUGAUACUGAAGAAGAUCCUAAAAUUAUGGUUCUCAGGCAAGCUCUGCAGUCAUAGGAGCCUCCUCUGACUUCGGAGCAGAUUAUGAAUGUUUACCAGCGAUGGAUGUUAGAUUAAAUGAGAUUCUAAAAAGUUUAAGUCCUACUGAUUCUAAAAAUGACUUCAGUGCAGUUGUUUCUGACAAAGUUAUGCCUCUGAGAAGUGAGGAUGAUUUUUGGUGUUAAUUGCAUGCACCAGUUCCUUUUGUCUUACAGAACAGGGAGGUCCUCCCGGUUUGAAAACCCCUGAUUUAGACUGCAUCAACCUUUUAUGAUAGUAAGCACAGUGUGUGCGGAGAGCAUUUCUUACUGCUUUGACUGCAUUCUGUGGCUCCAUGUUGUUUGUGUUGUCUUUGUAUGAGAAAGAAAAGUGUCUUUAAUAGAAAUGAGGGCAGAGACGGAGCUGAAAUUGUGGACAAUAAGUUAUUUAAAAAGAAGUGCUGGACCUUUGCGGUGGGUGCCAGGUUUUUGUAAAACGUUCCCUUCGGCUGAGUUGAGUCCGCCCCUCCGGAUUCUGAGACUGUUCAGGAGCCGUGGCUGCAUCAGUGUACAUACUGUAAAGAUGUAUAUGUAGGACUUCUAUGGUUGAGAGGUAUUUAUUUAUGUAAGGAUCACAAUGUUACUCUAGAAAUUUCAGGUGAAAUAUAUUUGAAAUAUGUAGCAUUUUAUUUGUCAUUAAGUCUAUGGACCAGCGCGGGAAGGUUUUUGUGUUUACCAGUGCAAUAUUCAGUCACAGCAGGUGCACAACCCUCCACAACACAACCACACACCGCCUGCAGCUGUGUUUCACACCUCCUGGAGACUAUUUGUAUUCCAGCCUCUGUCGACCUCUGCUGUCUCUUUACAACAGUCAGUCUACUGCUGAGUGUUUUAUAGGACUUGCUGUACCUAUUUUUCAAACUGGAGUAUUUUACAGAAUCUUUGAAAUGUAACUCGAGACUGUUUUUGUCAGUCAGCAGCGGUGCAUGGAAAAGUAAAACCCCAUAACAAAGAAAAAACUAUUUAACAAGCUGUUGCAUGUCGUCUAAUCAAAUUGGAACAACGUAACCUUCAUGCUUAACAAUAAUAAACCUGUUAUGUUGUCCACGAUGUCCUCACUGUUUAAUGACGUAUGUUAUGUAUGGAACAAUUCACAGAUUAUAUUUGAGAUUAUUGCCACUGUUGGAUAAGAAGCAACACGUUUCUAGAUCUUCAGCUCAGUUUAAACACAGUCCAGUGUUAGUUUGUGGUUCCACUUUCUAAUAAUGCAGCCUUUAAAAGGGUUAUAAACUGGCUUCACUGAUAGGUAAAAGAGUAGUUUGGUACUUCGGGAAAUGCUAAAUGUUAUACCAGCUGUCAACUAAAUAAUGAAAUCAUUAUCAGAAACUGCUUUGCAGAAUCAUUUGAAAGAUUUUUAAAGCAAAAAUAGUGAAGAACAGUUUCUCAAAUUUGAGAAUGAUGUUCGUUUUCUCUCAUUUCUAUGGUAAUUAUCUGAUUAUCUUCAGGUUUUAGACUGUUAAUGGAACAAAACAACAACAUCUGACCAGUAUCCUGGGCUGAAAAGUCACUAUGGACAUUUUUGUCCUAUUUUUGACACGUACCAGCAUCUUUCUGACUCAUUACUAGUCUGUUUAAUCUGCGCAUAAAUACACUGUUCAAAAGUUUGGGGUCCCUUAGAAAUGUCCUUAUUACUGAAAGAAAAGCUGUUAUUUUCAAUGAAGAUAACAUUAAAUGAAUCAGAAAUACAGUCUAGACAUUGUUAAUGUGGUAAAUGACUAGUCUAGCUGGAAACAGCGGAUUUUUAAUUGAAUAAUAGGGGUACAGAGGAACAUUUCCAGCAACCAUCACUCCUAUGUUCCAAUGCUACAUUGUGCUAGCUGAUGGUGUUGAAAGGCUAAUUGAUGAUUAAAAAACCCUUGUGCAACUAUGUUAAGUACAUGAAUAAAAGUAUGAGUUUUCAUGGAAAUCAUGAAAUUGUCCGGGUGACCCCAAACUUUUGAACGGUAGUGUACCUGUAAAAAUCACUAUCCAGCUUAGCUCAGCAUGAAGACUGAAAACUUAAAAACUGUUCGAUAAAGCUCACAGAUUGAUUCAUUAGAUCUGGUCUGUUUAUGUCGUGUGAAAUACGUGUCUGCCUAAAUGUAGCAAAAUUCCCCGACUUCCAUGUCUAAAGCUCACUAACUGACAUGUUAUACGUAGUUUGUUUAAUUCGUGCAAAAACUUAAACAAGUGGAAACAACAAUCUGGUUUAGUCAGUUGCUGUGGUGAUUUUUGGAGAAUAGAAUCUGCCUUUGAACAUCACUGAAGCUCACAAAUUGAUCUGUUACAACUAGUUUGAGCACAAAAACUUAAAGAUGAACGCACAGUAAUAGUUUUAGCUCAGCAUAGCAUAAAAAAUUCAGUGUAGGGGAAAUAGGAAAAGACUGAUUCUGUACAAAGGUGAUAAAAUCCACCAAUCGACAUCUGUAGAGAUUACAAAUUGACUUAUUUUUAAUCUCUGCAGUGUAAACACAACAGUUUGGUUAGCUUAGCUUAGCUUUAGCAUAAAGGCUGAUUCAGUUUCAGUUUAAUAUGAUUGGUUUUAGACUAUGUUAGCCUUAAAUGAAUCUUUUCAGUAUUUUUGACAUUUAAUAGAUGUGAUUAGUCAAUAACAAAAAUUAUCAUUAGUAACAGCCCUGCUUGGAUUACAACAGAGACUGAAAGCAUCGAUAAACUGGAGCUACUGUUACCUCUAAAGCUCAAUAAUUGGCCCAAAACAUGUCGCACUUUCCGUCUGUAAAAGCAACAGCAACAAAAAAACUAUUUGGUUAGCUUAGCUUAGCUUAGCGUAAAGACUCAAAACCCACAGCUUGUCUCUGUUCUGAGGUAAACUUUAUCUUCCCAAACUCUUUGACUGCUCAACAUCUGGAUUUCUGUCAAACAGCUGGCCCUAAAACAAUUAAUUUUUACAACUGCAACAUUGAUGAUCAAAAUUCUAAAUUUGUCACUUAGCAACAUCAAUAAUAGCAGAAUAAAUCCAGGGUCAUUUAUAAAAGGAUUGCUAGAAUUUAAAACAGACACAUUACUGAGUAAGAAUUUAUUUCCACCAAUCUGCCAAAUGAAAUAUUUAUUCAUGCCCGAACUAUCAAUGAAUAAAUCUUUGUUGAAGGCUACCUUUUUAGAAAGUGGUGCUGACAUUUUAUUAUAUAAAUUUACAUUUAACGCCAACAUUUGGGACUAUUUUGUAUAUAAACCUCUAUAUUAAAAUUUCACAAAUCCUGUAGGACUGUAGAUCUUUGACAGAUGGUAUUGUGUUAGAUUGCAUGGUGGCAAUAAUUACUAAACACAGUAUCUGAGAUUAGAUUUACAUGUUCAGAUUUGUAAAUGUUUCAGUAAGGCUUUAGUUUAACCCCAUCUUUUUCAUAUCGGCAGUGUAUAAAUAUUUAAUAAAGUUAAAUGGUUUAUAGCAUAGUGGUAUGCUAUUAUACACACCUUUAAACAUGUUUAUUUGUUACAAAUGUAACUGCCCCCACAUCCUUUACUGGAUUAUAAACAAUUAGUGACUUGCUUUAAGCUCUUAUUUUAAAUUUAUACAUUUUAAUGUUUUAUGAAUGUAUGCAUAAAUACACUGUAAAUGUCCGUAUAUCUGCCUACUGCUGCAUUAUAGUGCCAUGAAAUGUUUAUACACUGCUUAUAAAUGUGAUCAGAUUGGAUUAAAACAAUAUUUCUGCAUCAUGGUAGCUGCUCUAACUCGUUUCUACAAGUUUCAGUUGAUCCUUUGAUCGUCGUCACUGACAGCCACUGAUCAAAGUACUGCAGCAGGAUCACAGUUACUCCUCUCACAUGUUCAGUAGCUACUGAUGUCUCCUAGUUCUUACAGAUCUGUGAGUCUGGGCCCCGAAGCUCUUCACCAUUUUCUGUACCGUGGAAUAAAUACAACUGGACAGUAA